GAGACCUCAGUAUCCCACUAAUCGUCAGAGGAAGGUUAUCGCGCAUUCAGUGUAAUGCCAUAGCUGUCUCGACGAUCCUCUUGUCUACUUUUAUCUCUUAUCGUCAUCUCUCUGUUAUUAACCCCGACCAGAUACCACCAGCGAUCACCUGUAUAUCUUAAGAGGCAGAGGAACAGACAACUACUCCACUCUACAAACUUACAAGCACUCACCCUUCUUCAUCACCGUGUUAUUCAACAUGAUUUACCCUGUUCUAGCUUCCCUGCUGGUUCUGGGUUGCAUGGCUUCCCAGUCUGCAUCGGGGGAAUUCAACUGUGUAGCUACUACUGGUUACCCGAAGGAAGUUUGCCACAUCUCAGCCUGUACUACUGCCAUUAAUGACCACAUCCAGCAUGAACUGAAUGCAGCAUUUACAUACAUGUUGAUGGGAGUUCAAUUUGGCCAGUACACAAUAGACAGACCAGGUAUUUCCAAGUUCUUGCUGGAAGCUGCAACAGAAGAGCGAAGCCAUGCCAUCCAGAUGUUAGACUACCUCAACACUCGGGGUAUCAAGUCAAGUAUGAUGACCAGCCCUGCCUACAACUUUAAAACUAUUGAAAAGAUCAAUGGAAUUAAAAACAUGACAUACGACAAAGCUUUACAGGACGCUCUCGAUAUGGAAAUUCAGGUGACAGUAAAGAUUUACGAAGUGGUGAAGAAUUGUGAAAAUGACUACCAUGCAGCUGAUGUAUUCACCAAUCCUAUUCUGGAGGAGCAGCAUGAUGGCAUUCGCAAGCUUCAGGGAGCUAUUCGUGCCUUUAAUGAUUUGACCCGAGGUUACACUAAUAAUGAGUCAGCAUAUGCUAUGGCAGAAUAUAUCUUUGACCGCAAAAUGCUGAAAGGCGAGAUUAUCCAGGGGAUGCACUAAAUGAAUAUAACUACUAAAGCUUAUGUGUUGUAGAAACCAUAAAAAAGUAGAAAACAUGAUGCAUUCAUAUUUCUUUUUCUAAUUUUUAUAAUACACAGGUUAACUUCCACCAAGGUAGAGUGGCCCAAACAAUGGAUAACUCAUUGUUAUUCAUUCAAUAAAUGUAUUGCCAGAAGUGCUGACAUUGUAGUUCAUAUGGCUCUCCGAACUGCAACAUCCUCCACCUCUCCUUCAGGGUGCACGCACUGUACUUCCCAUCUCCAGAACUCAAGUCCGGCUAACUGGUUUCCCUGAACCUCUUCAUAAAUGUUAACCUGCAUGUUAUGUCAUAAAAACCACUUGCCUCAUUUUUCUAAUAUAUUACUGAAAUCUUGCAAACUGAAAAUACACCUCUACACAAUUUUGUAUGUACAAACAAAGAUUUUAUUAAUUCAGUCUGGGGAAAUAUCCAGUACAGUAUUAAUCAAAUAUUAUACCAUUUCCACAUUAGGUACAAGGUUUUUUUGAAUGAGAUACUUUUAACAUUUUUUUUUUUGCAAUUUAUCAUGAUCUACAAUUCAGAAUGUGGAUAAUAAUUUUUUUUAUAUAAAGAUAAAUUAACAGUUUGAUUUGAGAGCCCCCUAGAGUUUGGGAUCUAAAAGUGUUAACAUUACCAGACUUCUGUAAACUUUUUCAUGUCCUGUUGCUAAAUUUAUUGUCUUUCCUAAGAGCAUAAACUUAGCUAGUUUUUGUGUUUUAUUUUACAGGUGAUAUUAAUAUAACUUUAUUGUAUAGCUUCUCAGUAUUUGUAUGUUUAACAGCACUACCUUAUGAGAUUAUUGUAGUGGUAAACAAUGUAUUGUAUAUGGCUGUAAUGAAAACUUUCGAGUAACCAAUAAAGACUUCACAGCCUGAAAAA